AUGAGUGGAGAAAACUCGACUCUGCUGGACAGCUUGUUCUUCGGCCCGAUGUGCGAUGGCUGGACCAACAACACAGAGGGAGCCAUCUACCAUUUGGGCAACAGCAUCCUGUUCCUGGGCUACAUGGGAGGUAGCGGGACGUAUGGUUGCCUCUUUAUCUUUGGCUUUCUCACGCCAUCCUUUGUGUGCCUGACCUUAUGGGGAUGGCUAACGAUGUGUGGCCUGGAUGUCUUCACCUGGAACGUUCUUCUGCUGAGUGCCUGCUUGAUUCAGAUCUGCCACCUGCUUUACCGGCUGCACCAGGAGGGCCUGCCCAAAGGGGAGCUGUCCGCCCUCUAUCAGGCCGUGUACCUGCCGUUGGGCGUACCUGUCCAGGUGUUCAAGGAGAUUGCAAGAGCCUUUGAGAACAAGGUGGUGGAGUUGAAGGCAGGGCAGACAUACGCUGUGGAGGGCAAGACGCCCAUCGACCAGCUCUCCUUUAUGCUGUCUGGGAGGAUCAAUGUAUCUUUAGAGGGCCAGUUCCUGCAUUACAUCUACCGCCACCAGUUCCUCGAUUCUCCAGAGUGGGAGUCUCUCAGGCCAAAUGAGGAAGGAAAGUUUCAGGUGACCUUGACAGCAGAGGAAGACUGCCGCUACAUCUCAUGGCGUCGCCGCCGCCUCUACAUGUUGAUAUCAAAGGAGCGCUACAUCGCCCGUCUGUUUUCUGUCAUGUUGGGCUAUGACAUCGCUGAGAAGCUCUACAAUCUCAACAACAAGCUCUUCAUCAAGAGUGGCAUGCUCUUGGACAUCCGCCUGCCCAGCCUUUACCAUGUGCUGGUCCCCUCUUCUCACGGCAGUGAGGGCGGCAGCGGCAGUGAUGGUGGUGCAGCAAAGGAACCACAAACUCAACAAGAGGUCGAAGACCAAACUCCAGCCCACCAGAAGUCUGAUCCAGAUCUGUCUCAACCCUUCCAACCACAAUUGCAAGGACCAAUGAAGACCACCCUGAAUGAACCCCAGGCCCCCCUGCAUGACCGCUAUCACCAUCCAUGGGCGUCAGACCCGGACCUGCCCUCUGGUGAGGACUCCACUAGCCUGGUCCUGGAGGACUUUGCUGAUGUGGCAGGCUCCUUAAUGGAUUAUGGCAGUGAAUAUUUGAGGUAGAGGGGCAGGGUA